AUGUUUGAUAAAAUGACAGUUUAUCGUGGUUUAACCUUACCAACAACUGUUAUUGGACAGUUAAAACAAUCAGUUGGUAAAUAUAUAUCAACAAAUGAAUUUUUAUCAACUUCACUAUAUCACAAUGUAGCCGAAAUGUCAGUACAAAUUUAUAAUACUGAUGAAGAUGAAUUUUUAUUUGAUCAUGGUGCUAUAUUCCAAAUUAGAAAUAUUAGAUAUGAAAAUAAUAAAUAUAUUGUAUCGAUGAAUGGAAUCAAUAACAAUAAUAUUGAAUGUUUGAAAAGUGAUUAUUUUCAAAUAGAACGACAAUAUUUGCAUGGCAAUAUGAUAAAUAAUAUACUAUCUGAUAUUAAUGCAAAUUCAUUUUUCGGUAAAUAUUUAUUAAAAAUUGAUUCAAAUGAAAAAGCUAUAACCUAUUUUGAAGAAUUACUGAAUAAUGUACUUUCAAACAGUAAUAAUAUGAAAAUUAAUGAAUAUGAAAUUUAUCUUGUGAGUGGUAAUCUUGCUGAUGCUUACACAUCAAAUGAACAGUACGAUUUAGCGUUGAAAUAUGCAUUCAAUACAUAUGAUAUUUAUCGAAAUUUUAAAUAUAAUUAUUCAGUGUCAAUUGCUGUCAGUUUAAUGCGAAUAAGUGAUAUAUAUUUGAACCUUGACCAAGUUCAAUUUGCAUUAGAUUACAUAGAAGAAGCAUUCAGAAAUGUAUCAGCAAAUGAAAGCCAUAUACAUUAUUCGAUUGGUCAUAUUUAUUGUAAACUAAUGAAUUAUGAAAUGGCAAUUCAACAUUUAGAAAAAUGCUUAUUGUAUAAACAAAAGAUUUAUAGUGUAAAUGAUCCAUCACGAAUAACCACACCUUUAAAACUUGGUAAAAUAAAAUAA